AUGAUUCCACUGGAUUUGUUAACAGUUGAAGAAUCUUGGACUUUGUUUAAGACUCAUGCUAAAGUAGAUGACAGUGCUAAGGAAGUUGUGGCGCAUGAAGUUGCUAAGGAAUGCAAAGGACUACCAAUUGCAAUUGUGGCAGUAGGGGCAUCCUUGAAAGGAAAAGGACUUGAUGAGAUGAAUGUUGCGUUGCACCAGUUGAGGCAUUCAAAACUAAUAGAUGAGGAUGAUGGUGUGAGUACAGCUUAUGCUUGCCUAGAAUUGAGCUAUAAUUAUUUGAAAUUGUCAAAAGCUAAGUUGUUGUUGUCAUUAUGUGCUAUGUUUCCUGAAGACCAUAACAUUGCCAUUGAAGAUCUUUUUAGAUAUGGAGUAGGGUUGGGCCUCGCUAGAGAUGGAGACUCAUUCAAAAUAGCAAGGAACCAAGUUAGAGUAAUAAUAAAUAAUCUCAUUGACUCCUCACUAUUGAUGCACUCUUCAAACCUCGAAUCAAAAGAGUAUGUGAUAAUGCAUGACUUGGUUCGGGAAACAGUUUUAUUGAUAGCAUCUAAUAAAGAGGAUCAUGUCAUUAAUGUAAACUAUGCAAAAGAGCUAAAUGAAUUUCUUGAUGGUGAAGUGGUAAAAGAUUGCUAUGCAGUAACUUCAUGGCAUCACACUGAUGAAUUACUUGAAUUCCCUUCUCAAUUGGAUGCUCCAAAGCUCGACAUUCUAUUGUUAGAUUUAAGAAAAACCUUAGAUUUAUCACAUGCAUCAUUUGAAGGUGUGAAAAGACUCAAGAUUGUGGCUAUUAUUAAUGAAUAUCAUUCAAAUGAUAUCUUGUUGAGGGUAAAGCCUGAAUCAAUCCAGCAAUUGCGUAAUCUUCAAACUCUGAGGUUGCAAAAUUGGGAUUUAGGUGACAUCUCUUAUGUGGGAGGCUGCAAAAGCUUCAUUCCUGAUAUGGUUCUAGAUAUGGGAGGCAUGAAUGAGUUAACUAAACUCCAUCUUCAAUAUUGUUCGGAGAUAAAAUGCAUCAUUGAUGAAACUACUCUUCAAGAAGAUAUGGUUGUGCCAAAAUUGGAUGAGUUGAAACUAAGGGAUAUGUUUAAUCUAAAACAAUUAUGUCGUGGUCCUUCUCUUGUUAGCAUGUUUCAAAAGCUAGAAAGUCUAAGUAUAUUCAAUUGCCCUCAAUUGCUCCACAUAUUCCCUAUUUAUUGCAACUUGAGAAAUCUUAAGUUUGUCAACAUUUCCAAAUGUCCAAUGUUGAUAUCACUCUUCCCUAUCUCUGCUGUUUGUACUCUAUUAUCCCUAGAGGAGCUCCAAAUAGAAGACUGCCAUGAAUUGAAGCAUGUAUUUGAGGGAGAGGGAGGUGGUGAUGCAUGGGAGAGUUUCAGAAUCCUAAAACUGAAAAAUAUAUCCAUUCGUGAUUGUGGCAAAUUCGAAUCUGUAUGCCCAAUGAUCUUUUUGGUUCAAAGGUUUGUACAAUUGCAAGGUCUAUUCAUAAGUAAUGCUCCUCAUAUGAAAUUUGUGUUUGGUGAAAAUGGAGGUGUAGAACAAGCUAUGUAUAAUCAAAUUGAGACUCAAAUAGUGCUUCCUCUUUUGGAAUUUCUCACACUACAAAGACUCCCAAAUCUUGUGGGAAUUUGCUCAGAAAACUACCAUCUCAGGUUCCCAUCUAUGAAGAAAAUAGACCGGAAGAAUUGUCCAAAUAUGCUACGAGCUCUAACUAUAUCAGAUUCUUUUCAACUGGAAGAAAUUUUUAGAUGCUCUAAUAUUGAAGAUCAUGACAUUGACUGUGAAAGGGAGAUUGUGUUCCCAAACUUGAACUAUAUAACACUUGACAAGCUUCCAAGACUUGUUAAUUCCUGCCAUGGGUUUAAGUUGCACCCAGGGUUUUGCAGAGUGUAUGUUCGUGAAUGCCCAAAAUUCAUGCCAAUGAUAAGUGCAGCUAUUGAUUGGACAGAAGAGGGGCUUGUAAAAAAGUAUGUGUUGAAAACAAGCCAAUUAAAUAGAAAUGAAGCUCUCAAUCUAUCACCCACUAUUCUAAAUGUUGGAGAAGUUGAUAUUCAAAGUUCUAGAGUUGAUCACGAGUUUCAAGUCAUGGGUGAUGACAACCAAGAAGGAACCAACGGCUUAGAAAUGUUGAGAUCCGAACAACAAAUGCUUGGAGGUCUUGUUCCCACACAAGUUUUGAGCUUCCAAUAUCUGCAUGCCUUAGAAAUGAUUCAAUGCAAAAAGUUGAAGUUUUUAUUCUCAAUAAGCACCAUUGUUGAUAACAGCCUUCCCAAAUUGAGUUCCCUAACCUUAUCUGAUUGUGAGGACUUGGAAGUGAUUUUUGGAUAUAGUAAUGAAGAUGAUGCCAACUAUGAUGAAAAAAUUGUGCUUUCAAGCUUGAGGAAGAUCAAGCUUGAGAAUUUGCCAAAUCUCAUCAGUGUUUGUCAAGGAAUGCAAAUUCAGGUGCAACUGAGCGACAUCAGCAUAUGGAAUUGCCCAAAAUUUCUUGAUUCAAGUUUGGGAUUGACUCUUCAACAAAUGGGAACAAUAUUGUUUCCCCAAGCUUCGACAAAAAAUUCAGAUUUACAAACCAUAGCAGAUGUAGAAAAACAAUUAUAUCAAAAUGAUGAAAAAGGGAUAGUCUUGAUGAUCUCAAGAGUAGAAAGAUUGAGUUUGAGGGAUUCAGGUAACUUCUUGUGUGUAUGGGAGGGUCCCACUUUCAUUAGCUUCCAAAAUCUUUCAGAGUUACAUGUGAAUGGAUGCAAGAAAUUGAAGUGUAUCUUCCCCAGCACUGUCAUCAAAAGCCUACCAUGUUUGUGGCAUCUAUACAUUGAUGAAUGUGAAGAGUUGGAGGAAAUAAUGUCAUCAGAGCCUCACUUUCCAAAUGCUUCCUCUUCUUCCUUCUGCUUCCCACUACUUCAUUGGCUUUAUGUCAUUAAAUGCAGAAAGUUGAAGUGGCUCUUCCCCUCUCUACCCUCCACUCAACAUCUUCGGCAGUUGGAAACUCUGAUAAUAAGAGAGUGCUCUCAGGUAGAGGGACUUUUUAAUUGUGAAGUUGAAAUCCAAGAGGAAGGGUUCUACAACAACCAACUUCCAAAGCUGCAAUUUCUUGAAGUUGCGGAUUGCCCCAUGUUCUCUGAAACCACACUCGCUGCUCUUCAAAGCACUGCCUCUAAGCACUACUACAAGAAUUGGACGAUGUAGCCACCACCACAGUGUUGGAGUGAUGACGAGGCCAGGAGGUGAUGGAUUAUUUGGUAAAAAAAAUUAAUAUUUUUUAAAAUAGUAAUUAUGAUAGAACUAAAAUUAUAGUAACAUAAAUAGAUUGACGAUGUUUUUAUCAUGGAGGAGGAGAUGAUUGUGAUAAUGUAAUUAAGCCUGAGCUAUUUAUAGAACCUGUGAGAUUGUA